CUUGGAUUUCGACCCAUUUUGAAGGCUCUGCCGAAGGCUGAUGAGUGAUGACCAAACGGGUUAAACAAUUUGAAACUUGAAAAUUCCCUCCACAGCAAACUAGCAAAGCCCUAACCGCAAUGUCAUCGUAUUCAACAGGCCGGCGGUUACAAACUCCCCGGACACGGUCAAGAAUGGCCUCCCACUCAACAAAUCACAGCCAAAGGCCUCCCAAGCAACGAUCUAAGACGGUUAGAAAGCAGUGGUCAAUCAGCGAUUUCGAGAUCGGGAAACCCCUUGGAAGGGGCAAGUUCGGCCGGGUCUACCUUGCUCGUGAAGCGGAGACCAAGUUCAUAGUGGCACUGAAGGUGAUUUUUAAAGAGCAAAUUGAGAAGUACAGGCUGCAUCAUCAGCUUAGGAGGGAGAUGGAGAUACAGAGCAGUCUCAGGCAUCCGAAUAUUCUGAGGCUCUACGGGUGGUUUCAUGAUGACGAGAGGAUUUUCCUGAUCUUGGAGUAUGCUCAUGGUGGGGAACUCUACAAGGAACUCCGCAAAUCUGGCACAUUUUCUGAAGAACAAGCGGCUACUUAUGUUGUAAGCCUUGCGCAAGCACUUGCCUAUUGUCAUGAGAAAAAUGUGAUUCACAGGGACAUAAAGCCGGAAAACCUCUUACUGGACCACGAGGGGCGGUUGAAGAUUGGGGACUUUGGGUGGUCAGUGCAAUCAAAAAGCAAGAGACACACAAUGUGUGGAACACUGGAUUACUUGGCACCAGAAAUGGUGGAGAACAAAGCUCAUGAUUAUGCAGUUGAUAACUGGACUCUAGGUGUUCUCUGCUAUGAGCUUCUGUAUGGUAUGCCUCCAUUUGAGGCAGAAAACCAGACGGAUACCUUUACAAGGAUUAAGAAGGUUGACCUAAACUUUCCAUCCACCACUAUGAUCUCUACAGAAGCAAAGAAUCUCAUUAGUCGGCUUCUUGUGAAGGACUCUUCGAAAAGGCUAUCUCUUCAGAAGAUUAUGGAUCAUCCUUGGAUAACGAACAAUGCAAACCCCAAGGGAGCUUCCUAGAGCUGACCAAUUUGUUCUUCCUACUGAAUCUUUGAGAUGGCAGAUAUUUUAAUCAAAAACUUUGUAAGACAUCAAUAGGAAAAGAACUUCACUUGUUCCUCCUUUUGUUGGUGAAGUGCUUACUAUCCAUGUCUUAUGGCACAACCAGAUAUACCAAAUUGUGUUCUGUACUCUACAUAAAUGGUUCCUUGUCAAAAAUUGUAUUAAUAUGUCUUGCACACCCAGAGCAUGUAUUUUCUGGGCGAAAUUGCUUCUUAUAGGUUGAUGCAUGUGCAUAUAAAGAUUAUAUUCUGCAGUUUGGGCAAACCAGAG